GUUGCGACCAAACUUCCUCGAAAUGCUAUUGGGGCUAUAAUGGUCGUUGCGACCAAACUUCCUCGAAAUCCCCAGAUGGGGCCUCUGGCCUCCAACAUGUAUAAAUAAGCAGCAAAUGUUAACUGAAAGCGGAGACUCAGAGCAGGAAGCAGAAAUGGGGGAUUUGUACGCUUUGGAUUUCGACGGUGUUCUGUGUGAUAGCUGCGGUGAGAGCUAUGCCUCUGCUGCCAGGGCUGCUAAAGUGAGAUGGCCAACGUUGUUCAACGAUGUGGAUUCAAGUUUAGAGGAUUGGAUUAUUGAUCAAAUUCGCAUAGUGAGACCUGUAAUGCAAUCCAGGCAUGAGACUGUUCUAUUUGUGAGGUUACUUUUGGAGAUGAGGCUUCCUUCUUUAAGGAAGUCAUCAGUUGCAGAAGGGCUCACGGUGGAGGGGAUAGUGGAGAAUUGGUCAGAGUUGAAGAUUCUGCUUCGGAAUGAAUGGGGUGAGGAUAAGGAGUCUCUUGAGAAUUUAUUUAGAAAGGUCAGGGAUGAGUGGAAGGGCCAGGACUUGGGGACUUGGAUUGGUGCAAAUAGAUUGUAUCCAGGUGUUGCUGAUGCUCUUAAAUCGGCAACCUCAACCAUCUACAUCGUCACCGGGAAACAGAGCCCAUUUGCUGAGGUGAUAUUGCGAGAACUUGCAGGAGUUACAUUACCACCUGAAAGAAUAUUUAGUGUUGCAUCCGGUUCCAAACACAAGAUAGAAGUACUAAAGCAGCUUCAGAAGAAACCAGAACAUCAAGGACUGAAGCUGCACUUUGUGGAGGAUAGACUGGCAACCCUGAAGAAAGUUAUUGAAGAACCCGAAUUGGUUGGUUGGAAUUUGUAUCUAGGCGACUGGGGGUACAAUACACCGAAAGAGAGAGACGAAGUUGCUACAAUUCCCAGGAUUCAGAUUCUUCAGCUUUCUGACUUCAGUAACAAGUUGAAGUAGCUUCGGUUCUGAACUUCAUAGUUCAUACCCCACUCAAGUUUACUCCUCGAGGAUGUUUUUUUUAUUUUAUUUUUAUGAAGCUAUCUUCACUUGAGGAUGUGGUGAUUCAUCUCAGCACCAUGGACAGUUGUUGGAUGAAGUUGGUCAAAGUAGUGCUAUUCAAGUAUUAUCUAUUUUGAGUAUAUUCCCUGAAUCCCUGUCCAUCUGGACCAUUUUCGAACUCUAAUGUGCCUGUUGCUGUAAA